AUGCCGUCGUCGCACCAUCACCACCACCAUUGCCUUGUCCUCCUCCUCCUCUUCCUUGUUGCCGUCACACUCUCCGCCGUCGCGGCACUCGGAGGAGGAGAAGAGGCGGCCUGCGACGCGGAGUCCCCGCAGGAGGAGGACCUGCGGCCGGACCGGCUCACGGUGCUCCUGAGCGGCUACUCGGAGCGGCGGCUCCCGCUCCUCCGCGCCAUCGCGGGAGCCUACGCCGCACACCCGCUCGUCCUCGCCGUCGUCGUGCUCUGGUGCAACCCCUCCACGCCGGACGACCGCCUCCUCCUCCCGCGCUUCCCGCCGGGCGUGUCCCUCCACCGCACCGCCUCGGCCUCCCUCAACUCCCGGUUCCUCCCGCACCCGUCCAUCCGCACCGCCGCAGUGGCCGUCGCCGACGACGACGUCCUCCCCAACGCCGCCGCGAUCUCCUUCGCGUUCGUCGCCUGGCAGCAGCGGGCCGCCCGCCCAGGCACCCUCGUUGGCUUCUUUCCGAGGUCCCACCACCUGGACCUCGCCCGCGGGAGGUGGGCGUACACCGCGCCGCAGCCCGGCCGCUAUUCCAUGGUGCUCACCAAGUUCCUCGUCCUCGGCGUGGACCUCCUCCGGAAGUACUCCUGCUCCCCGGAGCUCGCGGCGGCGCGCGCCGUGGUGGACCGGGAGCGCAACUGCGAGGACAUCCUCAUGAACUUCGUGGCCGCCGAGGUGUCCGGGGAAGGGCCGGUGCUGGUGGAGGCCGGCAGCAUCAGGGACUGGGGCGACCCGAGGAACGACGCCAACACUGGCACCGGCGUGGAGGGCGGCGACGCGGCGAUGAAGGCCGUGGGGCUGAGCUCGAGAGGCGGCGUGGGGCACUGGGAGAAGCGAGGGGAGUGCAUCACGCAGUUCCACCGGCUGCUAGGGAGGAUGCCGCUGCGGUACAGCUACGGGAAGGUGGUGGAGGCGGCCGUCGCCGAGCAGGGACUGUGUAGCAAAGGUGGCCGUCUCGUCCGGUGCGACCAGGAGUAG